GAAGUGGUCCGCGAGCGAAUUUUGCCAGGAGAACUAGCGAAAGAGAAUGGCGCUUCAAUGCCGUGCUCACUGAGGCAGUGUACAGACGGAUAGACAGACUAAACAAGUGCAAAUAAACUGAAAAAUCAUGGUGAACACAAGAAAGAGCUCUCGGCAUGAGCCGAGCACUCUCUUCAUCUCGUCCAGGACCCGAUCUUCCGCCAGGAAUGAAGAACAUGAAGAACAUAAGGAUCCCAGCAGUGAUGUGAGCAGUCCUAGCAGUCCUGGAAUGUCCCCUCCCUCGAAGCGGACCCGUAGACAGACCCCACCAAGCUCCAGCGACAUCACUCCCUCGUCCCAGGCCAAGGGCCAGAGGGUCUCCUGGGUCAUGCCCACCCACCGCACCAGGUUGUCCUCUGGCGCCCUGCAAAAUGGACAUGCCCAUAAGGAGGACGGGGCAGGAGACCACUCUCACAUGAACGGCCAUGUUGAUCUGAAGAGGAGCUGCCGAGUGAGGAAGAGCCAGUUUGAACACCUCAACCAGAGCCUGCUUUUUGACCAGCUCGUCAACAGCACGGCGGAGGCAGUUCUUCAGGAGAUGGACAACAUCAGCAGCAUCAGACAGAACAGGGAGGUGGAGAGACUCCGCAUGUGGACCGACACUGAGGUGGAAAACAUGGACAUGUAUUCUCGUGUGAAGAGGAGGAAGUCACUGCGCAGGAACACCUUUGGCAUGCAGGCGCAUCACAAAGCCAUGAGCAAGACAGAGGAGGAAGAGGAGGAGGAAGAAGAGGGGACUGAAGAGUCUCACGGGGAAGAAGAGGAUGAUGAAGCGGAGGAUGAGGAUGAUGGAGAUGAGGCAGAGGAGGUAGGAGAGGAGAAUGACAGACCGUACAACCUGAGGCAGCGCAAGACUGUACAGAGAUACGAGGCGCCACCUAUCGAGCCCGUCAACAGAAAACAAACCAAUCCCUCCCUGUUUGACACCCACAGAUCUCCAGCUAGGAGAAGCCAUAUACGAGUGAAGAAGCAUGCCAUUCACAGUAGCGACACCACGUCGUCAUCUGACGAGGAGAGAUUUGAGAGGAGGAAAAGCAAGAGCAUGACCCGGGCCAGGAACAGGUGUCUGCCUAUGAACUUGCGAGCAGAGGACCUGGCCAGUGGGGUACUGAGGGACAGGGCCAAGGUGGGCGCUAGCCUCGCUGAUGUGGACCCCAUGAAUCUGGACACCUCAGUGAAGUUUGAAAGCGUAGGAGGGCUGUCCAACCACAUCCAGUCCCUGAAAGAGAUGGUGGUCUUCCCUCUCCUCUACCCAGAGGUUUUCGAGAGGUUCAAGAUUCAGCCACCAAGAGGGUGUCUGUUCUACGGCCCACCAGGUACAGGAAAGACCCUAGUAGCACGGGCUUUGGCCAACGAGUGUAGUCAAGGUGACAAGAAAGUGUCUUUCUUCAUGAGGAAGGGAGCUGACUGCCUCAGCAAGUGGGUCGGUGAAUCAGAACGACAGCUACGCCUGCUCUUCGACCAGGCGUACCUGAUGAGGCCUUCCAUAAUCUUCUUUGAUGAGAUAGACGGGCUGGCCCCAGUGCGCUCCAGCAGACAGGACCAGAUACACAGCUCCAUAGUGUCCACUUUGCUGGCGUUGAUGGAUGGUCUGGACAGCCGAGGGGAAAUCGUGGUGAUCGGUGCUACCAAUAGACUGGACUCCAUAGACCCUGCUCUACGGAGGCCUGGACGCUUUGACAGGGAGUUCCUCUUCAACCUGCCUGACAAGAAGGCCCGAAGGCAAAUCCUUGAGAUCCACACUCGGGACUGGAACCCCAGACUGGCUGAGCAGUUUGUGGAUGAGCUGGCUGAGAAAUGUGUUGGUUACUGCGGUGCCGACAUCAAAGCACUUUGCACAGAGACGGCCCUGGCGGCGCUGCGGCGGCGCUACCCCCAGAUCUACGGCAGCAGUGUUAAGCUGCAGCUGGAUGUCAGUACCAUCGUGCUGGGGCCUGGGGACUUCAGCCGUGCCCUGCGGACUAUCGUCCCAGCCUCCCAGAGAGCCCAGGCCCCUCCAGGCCGAGCCCUGGCCCCAUACAUACGCCCCCUACUGGCCAACACACUGGACACAGUGCUGGAGGUCCUGCUCCGAGUCUUCCCCCAUGCAGAAUCACAGCACAGGGAGAGUAGAGGAGACAUUGACAAUCUGCUAGAGGAGGAGUUCAGUGAAGAGGAGACGGAUGGAGCAGCUCCCUCCAUCUACCACCUCCAGCCUGGAUCCCCUAGGAUGCACACACACCCCUCUACGGCACACACACCCUUCCUACACUUCACCACAUCAGCUCUCCACCAGCCCACGUCGUACCGACCUCGCCUGCUGCUGGCGGGUCCCCCCGGCUCGGGACAGGGUUCUCACCUGGCCCCUGCUGUGUUACACUACCUGGACAAGCUGUCUGUCCACCGUCUAGACCUGCCCACACUCUACUCUGUCAGUGCCAAGACACCUGAGGAGUCCUGUGCUCAGGUGUUCUGUGAGGCGCGUCGGAGCGUGCCCAGUGUGGUGUUCAUGCCGCACAUCUGUGAUUGGUGGGAUUCGGUUAGCGACACUGUAAAGAACACCUUUCUUUCUCUGCUCCAGGACGUCCCCUCUUUCACCCCCCUCCUCAUCCUCGCCACCACAGAGACCUGCUACACACAGCUACCACAGGAGGUGAAGUUGAUGUUCCAGAGGACGUAUGGGGAGGUGGUCAGUCUGUCUCCACCUGGAGAGGAGGACAGACGGAGAUUCUUCACUGACCUGCUACUGGUACAGGCUGCUAGAGCAUCGCUACCCAGGAGACAUACAGCGCUGCAGUGUGAGGAGGUGCUACCGGUAGCGGAGACCCUGGACGCCAGGGUUCUCUCCCCCGAGGAGCAGCGUCGUCUGGCUGACCAGGAGGAGAACACUCUGAGAGAGCUGCGUCUGUUCCUCAGGGACGUCACCAGGCGCCUUGCCGUAGACAAACGCUUCAACAUCUUCAGCAAACCUGUCGACAUCGAGGAGGUGUCAGACUACCUGGAGGUGAUCCGUCAGCCCAUGGAUCUGUCUACUGUCAUGACAAAGAUAGACACCCAUAAAUACCUGACGGCUAAUGACUUCCUGGUGGACAUAGACCUGAUCUGCAGCAAUGCCCUGGAGUACAACCCUGACAAGGACCCCUCAGAUAAGAUCAUCCGCCACAGAGCAUGUAGUCUAAAAGACACGGCCCACGCCAUGCUGGCCUCAGAGCUCGACCCUGAGUUCCACCGCGUUUGUGAGGACAUCAAGGAGUCACGCAGAAAGAGGGACCUCCAGACUCCGGCCUUGCCGCCUGUCUCCCCGGCUGCCGUGGUAACCACCAGGAAGCCGGCUGUAGUGGAGAAUGCUGGAAACAGCACUCAGGGACAGACCAUCGACAAGCAGCACUGCAGCAGCAAUCACAUGAAGAGGAAAACGCGUCGGCGGCCAUCUUGGGGGCGGGGCAUCAUCAGGAAGAAGAAGUACUACAAGAAGGGAAUGGAGGAAGAAGAGGAUGAAGGUGCGGAGCCUGAGCCAGAGACGGCGGGACCCAGCGAUUCCUGUCUGACUCAGGAUGAAGAGUCUUCCUGCGACACCAUGGACCCUCAGCCCAACGGACACCACACACACCCUCACACACAAAGCAUCUCCAUGGAGGAAGAGCACUCCAACACGGCACCUAGGGGCCGGAGCACAGAGACCAAGACACAGGGGGAGAGCAGCACAGGGACAGGGCCCAAGAAAGAAGAGACACCGGCUACAAGCGACAAAGCCAAAUCCACAGACAAAGACCUCCAGUCUAAAAGCGAGUCUUCCCCAUCUGAAAGGGAAGAGUCUCAUUGUAAAGACGAGGGGCCUCAAGCCCAGGACAAGUUGAUCCAGUCUGAAGGUGAGGGGUCUAAAGAUGAAGAUCUCCAGUCUAAAGAUAAGGGUACCCAGGCCGAUGGCGAGAAGCCUCAAGACAAGCCUGAUGAUCCCCAGGCGAAACACAAGGAGGCCCAGUCCAAGGCUGAGCAGCACUUGUCAGCCCCUAGGAUGGCCACAGCUCCCCCUAUCCCUCGGGAGGAGUGUGUGAAUGGGGAUGAGUCCAUGGACAGCUUGGACUCGCAGGCCCUCAAGAGCUCUGAGACAGAGGAAGGUCCUACAGAGGGCACAGGUGAGGGGGCGGAGGGGAAAGAUGAUGUGUCGAUGUCUGCAGAGAGCAGAGGUAUUCAGGAGCGCCCUCCUCAGGACGGGAGGAAAGGAGACAUGGAGACGGGCGAGGAGGAGCAUGAGCAGGAUAGAGAAGGCGGGUCCAAGGGAAGGAAGUGCAGAAAGAGUCAAUCAGAGCAGUCGAAGGGUUCGGCUGACAUGACAGAGGAAGAGUCUCCACAGAUCCCUCCCACUCCGCCACCUCCACUAGUGGUCGAUCACCAGCGACUCACAGUAUGUGUUCUCCUCUCCCAGGCCCUCUUGGACACAGUGGUACAGAGGAGUGACGGCUACAGCGUGGAGCGUUUAGAGAGACUCUUCUCUCUCCUCAGUCAGUGCAUCUACCAACACCGCCUGGACUACGACAAGACACUGCUACUAGAGGAGAUGGAGAGGAAAGUCCAGAAUUUCAUUACAUUCCUGUGAGACUCAGCGAGACAGUCAGGUUGACCCUGAUUUAGACUCUGAACACACACACACACAUGCGAGAGGAACAGAGACCAGCCAUUGGGCCAAGUCCUAACACACAGAGCAAAUACAUCGCCCUGGUCUUAACGUAAACGACAGAACAAGGAAAAGAAGAGGAGACUUUCUAUGGUGCUAUAGUCUCAGGUACCCUGGUCGGACCCAGACCCAGUCUACAACCAAACGGACUCAUGGACACACACACAGGAAUGGUGAAAGGGGUGUCGCUGGUGCUAUUCAGGUGCUAUCCUAAUCCAUGGGGCUCUGGGGAGUAACUGACCAACAAAACAGAUUGGGUGAUGUCAUAUCUCAAUACGGCCUACUUUUGAACUGAGCACACACAGACUACAUGUAAACUACAUAUGUGCUUAGUUAUACUGACACACACACACACACACACACACAGUAAACCCAGGCACAGAUUGUCACCAGCAGUGUGUGUGCAGUUAGCUAGGAGGUUAAGACAGUCUCCUGUUUCGUUACCAUUGCUGAACCCAUCUCCUCUCAGUACUGAAUCAGCAUCAUAGGCCAGUCAUCUCAUAGAUACAACAGCUCACAGAUCAUACUGAGUCAUUCAAACAGCCUGCUUUGAUUAGCAUCUGGCUCUAAUCAAUACAUAUAAUUGAUAGAUUUUUGAUUGAUAUGGCUCUAAUAGCCGCCCAAUGUCCAUUAAAUGUUGUGAACGUGACAAUACAGUUAGUUCAUGUUGCACUGGUGGCCCAGAAUCAGAGCCAUACGUUACAUAUGGAAACAGAAAGAUAUGGCGGUGUUUAGAAUCAAUUGCAAACUGAUUACAAAAACAUGAAAUCCCCCUUAACAAUUAAACGUGUUACUGGAAUGCAUCAACAGAAACUAAGGACGCGUUUAUUUUUUAGCUUUUCAGUCGUAUCAAACAGAUUGACAUGCUGCUUGUGGAAGCUGAAUCACAUCUCUGUCCGGAAUUGUCCGUUUUUUUCAACACAAGCUGUGCCCUGCUAGUUUUUAUUUCCCAUCCACACCAAACUAACUGGAAGCGAUUUAAUUGGACACUUCUUGUAGUUUGCACUGCCUAGCAUGUGCCUUAUUUAACCCCCAAUGAACUUUAAUAUUUCUGAAAGAAGGGUUUUUAUCAACUGCUCUGUUCAAUGUAGUGCAGUACAGUGGGUUCGAUGUAGGCAUUUUCCCCUUACUAACCACAGAUCUAGGAUCAGUUCACCCAACUAUAACCUUUUGGGGGGGAUAAUAUCUGACCCAGGACCAGCGGACAGACGUCACUUCUACAGUACCAAACUCAGGAUAGUCACAGUAUGAAAGCAGAUCUGCUAAGUCUUUUCCUGCCCAAAUGGAAUAAGUAAAGAAGGAUUUUGAGGACAAUAGGGUUUUUAUUACUUUCAUGUGGAUGGAGGUAAAUUGUGGUGCCAAUUUUCCCCAAAAUAUAUACAUUUCCUCAAUUAGGUGCUGAGUUUGUGCGCAUUUGUUCAAAUUUUGACUUUUUCAAUUUUAUACGAUACGUUUGCAACGAUGUUUGGAUUGUGAAGCUUCUGAUGAUGAACAAGGCCAUUCUGUUGAGGUUAGAACAGCAUUAUAUUGUUUAAUUCAUUUUGUUUUUGGAUUGUCUACGCCUGAAGGCAGUGAGAAUGUUGUAAUCCGCUAUGGUCGAUCCAUGUUCAUCUUGUGGUAAAGAUAUUUGCUUUUCUACUUUUUCUUCUUGGCUUUCCUUGGCCAUGGAUUAGUCCAUGUUUUGACCAGAGUUAGCCGUUGGGUCAAACAGACAACCCUUUCUCUUUCAAAUCAUUCUUAACACCAGGGUUCCAACUCAGGUCUGGAGAACUACUAGGUGUACAGGCUUUUGUUCCAAAUAAACAACUAAACAUGGUCUUCAGUCUGGCUCACAAUUGGGCUGUAACAAAAUCCUAGUAGCUCUCUAAGAUUGGAGAGUUGUAAAAGCCCUGCUUUAUGCUGAUCCAAACUCCAACCCCUGAUGCUCUCCACCUCUGCCUUCUCUUGGAUCGCUGGGUGAAGAUUUAACAAAGUUAAAAAUAUGCAAACUAGCAUUUUGAGGCCUAAGCAUUGGACUACUGCAGAGAGAAACAAAGCUACCUCAGCUUAAUUUAUUUUAAUGCUAUGACAAACCGUUUACUGGGUGCAAACAGUAUUAGGCCAUGUUCCAAACUAUUGUCGCAACUCUCAUACUGCUAAGGUACUGGAUCAUCAGCACAAGGUCUGUGGCUGCUGCGGUAACACCAGUUUGUUUGUCUUUAUUGCAUUUGAGCCGAGACGAAACAUACAGCAUUUAAGUUCAAGCAAAUGUCAAACUGUAUAUUUCAGUUCUGCAGACAGUCGUCCUAAGUUUGCUUUCCUUUCAGAUCGUACUACACUAUUUUACAGGCUAUUGCGAUUCUUCUGUCCAUCUAACCACGAUCUCCUUUUACAUUGAGCUCGACGUGUUUGUAGACUCAUCUUUCUCGUGGUGUUCCAUUUUCUUUUUAUUUAUUAACAUAAUUAUUCAACAUGUUUGUCUUAAUAUCCAUUAACUGUCUUUGUAUAUUUGAAAAUUUAACAAAUUGGGAAGAGUUGUUACUCAAAGUUAUUUGAGCUUAGUGCCGAGGUAGCAGGUUUUGGAGCGUUUCGGGGAAUAAAGGAGGUUACAGGUGUCUCAGGUUUCUUCAGGCUACACUUAUUCCAUUGUGGUGAUUCAUUUUUUCUUGUUUUGUGGUUAUGGACUGUGGCAUACUGGACGAGGCUAACGUUGACUUAUCGGAAUUUUUACUUAAAAAAAUACAAUAGUGUGUCGCGGAAUCAAUUUGGCAACCAAGUAAAAUAGUUUGUCAGCAUUUUUUGGGGGGCAAAAUCAUUUUAAGAAUUGGGGAAUAAAAUAUUUGUUUUUAUAUUUGUAUCCUCAUGUUCUUGUCUAUACAUUUUAGUCAGUUUGGACAAACAACCAAUUUUUGUCUGGUAGUUAAACGAUUUAGUCCAGUAUGCAGAAUGAGCGCAAUUCUCCAUCACAACUUAAUUUUAUCUGAAAUACUGAGUUUCUCUUUUCGGGUGAGAUUCAUUUAGUAUGUUUUUUUUCUGUAGCAUCACCAUGUUUAAUUUCUUUGAGGUUAGUGUAUUGAACAUCCUUUUCCCCAUUUAAGUGUUACUUUAGUGUUAUAUUUUAAAUAAAACCUUUACUGUAUUUCUGAAAUAAACUGCUGUGAUAAACUUGAAUAAAGGUGCAAAUUGUA